UGAGAGCUUUAAUAAUAGUCCAUUUGGGACUAUUGUUGCACGUUACCACUGCUAGAUUCAUUUCGGAUAAUAUAUGUCUUGCUAUGCCAAAUGGUCAAAAACUUCCAGUGACGAAUGAUUGCAGUUCGUAUAUUGUCUGUGAAUAUAACUCCCAGAGUGUGAGAACCUGUCCCAAUGGUUUGCUAUUUGAUCCAAUAAUACAAGUGUGUAACUGGGCCGCUAUGGUAAAGUGUGGACAAACUCCAACAGUUCCCGAGGUAUGGAAACCUUCCACGACAAGCACUGUUAAUAUCCCAUCAGCUCCAACUCCUUCAUACACGACAGUUCGUCCAAUUCAAACAACUACACCACCACCUACCACAACUAGAACCACAACAAGAACCACAAGAACUACCACUACUACUACUACACGACCUCCUCCUACAACAACCUCACCUGCUACUACUCGAGCAACUACAAUAACUACGUCUAGAGUUCCAGAAAGUAGUCCGUAUCCUCAGUGCACAAGUGACGGUUUCUACUUUAUUCCACACCCAUCGGCAUGUGAAAGUUAUUACAUUUGCGCUUAUGGCAUGCUGAUUCUACACAGCUGUGGACAGGGCGUGUACUGGAACUCCGAAAGCAAUCAGUGUGACUUCCCGGAGCGCACCAAUUGUUCAAACCUGCCAAAUCCAGCUAAGCCAGAAACAUCUACUCCUUCAAUCGGAACAACUACGGUGUCGAAGCUUCCAAAUUGCAGAAGUACCGAGAUUUUUCACCCAAGCAUAGAAGAUUGCAGUAAGUACUACAUUUGCAUCGGUUCUGCGCCAAUUCUGAUGAGCUGCCCAUCGGACUAUCUCUGGAAUUCCGAUAUCUCCCAGUGUGAUCGCCCGGAACAGGCCCAUUGUGCGACGUCUAUCGACUAGGGCACAAUGAAGAGCAGAAAUGAUUUUUGUGUAUAGUUGUGUAAAAUAUUCAUGUAUUUUUUAUAUUAAUUUAUUCCAAGAUGUAUAGGAGUACUAAGCAGCAGGUGAAAGUGUAAC